CUUCAGGCAUGGCUUCGAAGCUCGUUCUGAACCGACUGAGAUCUCUCUCAAGAGUCUCUGAACUCAGUGACGUCCGUUUUGAUAAACUCAGAGAACCGAUUUCCAUUUUCUCCACCUCACAAAAUCAUGUAACAUGGCGAUCUUAUUCCGAAGCUUCUCAGCCAACUCCGAUAAAUCCUCCUCCACCACCUCCAUCCCCUAAUACUUCUACUACUACUUCAAGUUCUCUCAAUGAAUUCGAACUUGCCAAAUUCUCCAUCAUUGCCGAAACCUGGUGGGAUGCAGAAGGACCCUUUAAGCCAUUACAUCUAAUGAACCCUACAAGACUUGCUUUUAUUAGGUCUACUCUUUGUCGGCAUUUCAGAAAGGAUCCAAAUUGCACUAGACCUUUUGAAGGACUGAAGUUUGUUGAUGUUGGUUGUGGAGGCGGAAUUUUAUCUGAGCCUUUGGCUCGAAUGGGAGCUACGGUCACGGGAGUUGAUGCUGUAGACAAAAAUAUUAAGAUUGCUCGCCUUCAUGCGGAUUUGGAUCCACAGACUUCUUCAAUUGAAUAUCGGUGCACAACAGCUGAAAGCCUGGUUGAAGAACAGAGACAAUUCGAUGCUGUGAUUGCGCUAGAGGUGAUUGAGCAUGUAGCAGAUCCUGCUGGAUUCUGCAAAUCAUUAUCAGCGUUGACCAUUCCUGGUGGUGCUACCGUGAUAUCAACGAUUAAUCGUUCAAUGAGAGCAUAUGCAACGGCAAUUGUUGCAGCAGAGUAUCUCCUACAUUGGCUUCCAAAAGGUACACAUCAAUGGUCAAGCUUUCUAACCCCAGAAGAACUAGUACUCAUUCUUCAGCGCGCUUCUAUAUCGGUGCAAGAGAUGGCUGGAUUUGUAUACAACCCUUUGACGGGUCGCUGGUCCUUGUCUGAUGACAUCAGUGUUAAUUUCAUCGCUUUCGGAACAAAAUCAGCCAAGAAGGAUGAAACUCUAGAUUAAGUUACAAUAAAGCUGUCAAUUUUAUUUUGCUGUUAUCUCUUAACCCAUGCUGUAAUUGUAUGUAAUCCCUUUUUCAGUUUUGUUGGAUGAUGAAUGCAAUUCUCAUAUGUUCUCAUAUUCUAACUACACGUGCUUAGAAUAUGAACAUCCACAUCAGAAGUUUUAAACUUAAAAAUGUACCAUUUCGAACCU